AUGGCCCUCCUACCGUUCACCUUGGCUGCUAUCCUCUUGCUGUUAUGCAUUCCAUUUGUUCGUGCUUUACCGCCUCUCAAUUGUACUAGUACCCCUACACUCGAUGUCACCGACUCUCCAUCCAGCAGUGACACCAGAACCUUGUGGGACAUCAUUUGGAGUUGCGUUGCAACUCUAUUCGCAUGCACAUGGACUGCAAUUCACCCAAAUAUCCCGGGUAUGGACGAGGGAAGAAUGACUAUUUUCUUUCGUCGCCUAUACAUCAUGGUUCUGGCGCUGAUUGCCCCAGUACUCAUGGUCACCUGGGCCGCAAUACAGUUUCUAAGUGCCCUUGAGUGGACCGCAGCGCAUGGGUUUUUCGCGUGGAUGGGUGGAUUUAUGCUUUACUGUGAUGACGAGCCACGAGCUACUCUUACACCCAAGGAACUUAUGGACUACAUUCGCGAUGGAUGCGUGGAUAUCCCUGACAUUGUGGAGGCAGACAUAGAAGGUCGAAGUAAGGGUGACGCACUAUCCAAGGGAAUCGCCGUUCUGCAGCUGGGGUGGUUCGUCCUCCAGCUUGUCGCCCGUUAUAUCCAGCACCUUCCCACUACCCUUCUCGAAAUCGACACCCUGGCUAUAGUUUCUCUCGCCUGCAUUGCCUAUUGCCUGUGGUGGAAGAAACCUAAGGACGUACGACGUCCUUAUCCUGUUCAUUGGAAUAGAAAUAAAACAGAAGCUCCUCCGUUACGCACAUUAACCUACGAGUAUAAAACCAAAUCCAGAAUUCUCCUUGGAUGCCUGGUAUCAUUAUCUUAUCCUUCUCAUUAUCCCUUGAGGAGUCUUAUGGGCACUGCCGUGACCAUUUCUCCCUGUACUGUCCGAGAACGUCGGGCUCCGUCUUUAGGUGGCUAUGCUGAUGAUAAUCGUCAUGAUCGUAGUCAUGUUAUUACACUUUUCCUUGGAUGCUUCAGUGGCGUCAUAUAUGGAGGACUGCAUUGUCUGGGCUGGAAUUAUCCGUUUCAGUGGCACACUGAACAGAUGCUAUGGCGUGUGGCUUCCAUUGUAACAGCAUCCGCAUCGGUACCUUUUCUUUUGAUAUUUGGCUGGGUCAUAUUGUCGCAUGCCCCCCAUGACAGUUGGGUCGUGAGAUUUGCUGUAGUUGCCAUCGCUUUCAUAUCAAUCACUACACGUGUUACAGUAAUUGUACUUAUAUUGUUGAGCUUGCGAUCGCUGCCCCCUGGCAUAUACGAUACGGUAGCAUGGACUACGUUUGUACCACAUCUUUAG